GGGGGGACUUCCUAGAAGGCAUAAAUAGGAGAAAGAACACUUAGAAGUUCCCAGUCACACUUCCCGACAGCCGCAUCCACUGCUCUCCUCUCCCCUUCUCCUCACCUGCAGCUUAUUACCACCCCACACAUCUACAAGCCCUCCAUCAUUGAUCCGGAAGCCUGAGUAGCAUCAAAUCCUCCAUUAAGCCCCCACUAUGAAGGAUGCAACAAGAAGCUUCUGUAAUUUUGAAGAAGUUUCCCGUAUAAUUGUCCCGAUGUUGGUUCUGACCAUGAGCUUCUUGGGCCACGGUGUGCUUUCAAUGCCUGUCCCUACCGAUGUGCCCACUUGCACGGCUUCAGACAUCGCCCAGUACAGCCUGACAUUUGCUGGAAAAUGGACCCGGGCAGCUUUCCCUAAGCAGUAUCCUGUCUACCGCCCCCCAGCACAAUGGUCAAAUCUUAUUGGGGUCACUCACAGCUCCGACUACCAUAUGUGGCAACGUAAUGAGUUUGCCAGCAAUGGAGUGAGGGAGUUUGCAGAGAAAGGAGAGGCCUGGACACUCAUGAAGGAGGUCGAAGAGGCCGGAGAACGUAUCCAGAGCAUUUAUGGGAUCCUCUCUGCUCCCGCUGUUUUGGGGGGCACUGGCCAGAUGAAUACUGAGUUUGAGGUCUUUGCCAGACACUCCUAUCUGUCUUUUAUUGUGCGCAUCGUUCCCAGCCCAGACUGGUUUGUGGGUGUGGACAGCAUUGACCUUUGUGAUGGCAACCACUGGAAAGAGAAUGUGUCACUAGACCUUUUUCCGUAUGAUGCAGGAACUGACAGCGGGUUCACUUUCUCUUCUCCCAACUUUGAGACAAUCCCACAGGAUAAAAUCAUACAGAUUACCUCCUCCUUCCCUAGUCACCCUGCAAACUCCUUCUACUAUCCCCGCCUGAAGCACCUCCCACCCAUUGCCAAAGUGACACUAACAAAGAUAAAGAAAACCAAUCAGAUCAUCAGUCUUCCACUGGAGCUCACACAGUCCAAUCAACUGCCAACAGGAAACGAGAUCGAAGACCAGCUCAUAAAUACGCCUCUGGACUGCGAAGUGUCAGUGUGGUCGCCCUGGGGCCUAUGCAAAGGCAAGUGUGGUGAGGUAGGCGUGCAACAACGUACCCGCUACAUCCUCAUGCAUCCUGCCAAUAAUGGAGCAGAGUGCCCCCUGCUGGAGCAGCAAAGGAAGUGCUUUCCAGACAACUGUUUAUGACUACGACAGAAAAGGAGGGAGAACAAAGAGAGGAUGGAGAGAAGACAGAAAAAAGAAAGGAAAGCCAGAAAAGGGAGAAAAGGACGAAGGCGGAGAAACAACACUAAAAGCUCUGUGUUCUGAAGUUUAAAUAUGGUGAAACGGAUUUGCCUGUUUUCCUCUGGCCGCAUCUUCUUUUUGUGCCACUGACUGAUUUCCUGCAGAAAUCAUACAAGUUGAAAGAUUAUUUUCAAACAUAUUAAACAAAAUCUCAUCCGAAAUUCAUACUGAUGAUUCUGAAAGCAUUUGGUGUAGUCUGGCAAAGUGGUUGGCAGAUCUUCAGAACUGUCUCGGGAUGUUUUGUGUAUAGUGUAAAAUGCAGUUUUAAAAAUUAUUCUCUAAUUUCUCAUAAUACCUGUGUGAGGUGUGACAAAUAUAAAAAGCCAGUCUUGAAUAUGAAUAUUGUUUUGCAUAUGCUGUAGGCAGCCGAGAGUUUGGAAUAAAAAGACACAAUAUUU